AACCACAAAGACAAGAGUGACAAAUAGAGAGAGAGAAAGAGAGAGCAGAGAGGAGAAGAGUAGAGAGAGAAAUGGCGUCUAAGCUCUGCGACUCAUGCAAAUCGGCGACUGCGGCGCUGUACUGCCGCCCAGACGCGGCGUUUCUCUGCCUCAGCUGCGACUCUAAAGUCCACGCGGCGAACAAGCUCGCGUCGAGGCACGCGCGCGUGUGGAUGUGCGAAGUGUGCGAGCAAGCGCCGGCUCACGUCACGUGCAAGGCGGACGCGGCCGCCCUCUGCGUCACGUGCGACCGAGACAUCCACUCCGCAAACCCCUUGGCUCGCCGCCACGAGCGCGUCCCCGUCACGCCUUUCUACGACUCAGUCUCCGACUCCGACGGAUCCGCCAAGCACGCCGCCGUCAACUUCCUCGACGACUGCUACUUCUCCGAUCUUGACGGGAACGCCAGCCGCGAGGAGGAGGAUGAGGCCGCCUCGUGGCUGCUCCCGAAUCCGAAGACGGCGGCGCUGGCUACGGCGGUGCCGGGAGAUGAACCGGAGAUGAACACGGGUCAGCAGUACAUGUUCACGGAUCCGGAUCCGUAUCUGGACUACGGGACUGUUGAUCCGAAGGUGGAGUCGCAGGAGCAGAACAGCUCCGGCACCACCGACGGUGUGGUUCCGGUGGAGAAUCGGACGGUUAAGGUGGCGACGGCGGUGAACGAGAACUGCUACGAACUUGAUUUCACCGGAGGAUCUAAAGGCUUUACUUACGGUUACAACUCCAUUAGCCACAGCCAGGUAUCGUCAUCCUCACUGGAAGUGGGAGUGGUGCCAGAUGGAGGCUCUGUGGGCGACGUUUCAUACCCAUACGGUGGUGCUGCAACCAGUGUAACGGAUCCGGGAACUCAGAGGGCAGUUCCGCUAACGGCAGCGGAGAGAGAGGCGAGAGUAAUGAGGUACAGAGAGAAGAGGAAGAACAGGAAGUUCGAGAAGACGAUAAGAUAUGCUUCGAGGAAAGCGUAUGCGGAGAUGAGACCUAGGAUCAAGGGAAGGUUUGCAAAGCGGACUGAUACGAAUGAGAGCAGCAACGACGUGGUUGUUGGUGGUCAUGGCGGUAUCUUUAGCGGGUUUGGACUUGUACCUACAUUUUAGAGAUUGCUGAGUGAGAGAGAGAGAGACUCUUAAUAUGUGGGUACUUUGUUUGGUGUCGUUUUAGUAAUAAUGUUUUAUUAACAAACUUUUGUCUUUUAAGAGUUGUUUUGUUUUAUUUAUGUUGAUGUAAUGUUUUAUAUUUUCGUGUAUAUAUGAUUAUGUGAUUUUGAA